GCCUUUUUGAUCCUCAAGUGGAAUAGGUGCCGCUGUUGCUGCUUGUGUUGAGUCCACAGCCGCAGCCGGACAUGGGGCUAGAGGACGAGCAAAGGAUGCUGACUGGGUCCGGAGAUCCCAAGGAGGAGGAAAAAGAGGAAGAGGAAUUAGUGGAUCCUCUAACAACAGUGAGAGAGCAAUGCGAGCAGCUGGAGAAAUGUGUGAAGGCUCGGGAGCGGCUGGAGCUCUGUGAUGAGCGUGUAUCCUCCCGGUCACAGACAGAGGAGGACUGCACAGAGGAGCUCUUUGACUUCUUGCAUGCAAGAGACCACUGUGUGGCCCACAAACUGUUUAACAGCUUGAAAUAAGUGUGCCGAUUUGUUCAACCCAGCCUUC